AUGAGUGCAGUGACCAAGGGCGGUAAAAAUUUGUUUCAAUUAUUACGUACUCUUCCUAAUGAAGGUGUUGGAAGCAGAAUUGUUCCAAAUAAGUUUGUCAACAAUCCUACGCUAAAGAACAGCUACUAUGAAGUGACCAAAGUGAAUUUGAAGGAGGAGGGCAAAAACGGCCGAGCUUGGGGUGUCCAAGUCAUGAAAGGACACACUAUGCUGGACGGUAGACCAGUAGAAAUCAAAGGCGGUCUCAAGUACAAAUGGAAGCCAUUCGAUGCAUAA